UUUGCGAGACUUUAAAACCGGAAAAAGAAUUUAGUGACUUCCGGCGAAAGUUUGUGUACAUUUUAAUUUGAUAUUUAGAUCGGUAAAUUGCAAAAAACACGGGACAUUGCAUCUGUUCAAGUGACAGACAAUAACGGAAUGGCAACUCCUAAUGAGGCCAAAAUAGGAUUUGCAACAUUGAGUGAUGGAAAGACAGCAGGGGAGACAAUUCAUGGAAAGACAUCAGGGGAAACAAUUCAGCUGCAGCUAACUGCAGAAGUUCUCAUUCUACUGAGGGAGGAGUAUGUACAGAGAGAAGUGGAUGUUGAGGAAAAUGGAAAUGAAUCGGUUUUGGACAGUGUUCGCACAGUUGUCGUCCAUAGAGAGAAGGUAGGAGGACUUGGACUGAGUGUUAAGGGAGGUUCCGAGCACAAACCUCUGGUACCAGCCAUGAUCUCUAGAAUUAUCCCCGGCCAGGCUGCUGCAAAAACCAUACAACUCUAUGUUGGAGAUGCUAUACUGAAGGUGAAUGAUGUGAACAUAGAAACCUAUACACAUGAUCAGGUGAUGGAAGCGUUAAAAACUGCGGGAGAUGUUGUUACGCUGACUGUCCGAUAUUUCAAACCAGCUGCUGUGUUCCUUAACAAGUCUUCCGACCCUUCUUCCUUCAAUGAUAAUGAAAGAAAUAUUUCACCUCCUGGUGUGAUUUUACCAAGACUUGAGAAACAGUGGGUUGUCUAUUCAUCUAUACCACUGUUAUAUGCAUACCUUACACGAUAUGUCGGUCAGACAGAUCAACUCAGGAUAAAUUCAUUUGAACUUGUGGGAAUAGAUGGGAACACGUCAGGUGUGUUACAUUUUGAUGACAGCCACUCACUGGCAGAAUGGGUCGCAGCAAUAACCAAUAAUAUCCUUAGUCUUCUCAAUCAAAUGAUCAAGAUGAUGAAUAGAUUACUUCUUCCAGAAGAACAGAUUCAGUAUAUGGGUUGGACACAAGAGAGGGGGAGUCCUGGCAACAGCACACAUGGUUGGAGACCCAAGUUUGUUGCCUUGAAAGGUCCAGAUAUAUACUUGUUUGAUGUACCUCCUAUGCAAAGUAGAGAUUGGAUGAGAUGUGAUACAGUCUUCCAGGUGUAUGAAUGCAUGUUUAAAAUUCUUCAGGAUUCUGAGUUGUUGGAUGAUAAGCAGCAUUGUUGUUCCAUACAGACAUGCAGCAAGGAAACCAUCUACCUGACCUUAGAAAGUAGAUCAGAUCUUCUACAGCUUGAAAAAGCAUGGUAUAGAACCAACCACUCUGCUGUUACCAAAUUAAAGUCUAAAACGUUUGGCUGUGUACACCAUGGACGUUUAUCAGGCCUAACACUAGAUAUUGAUGUUGGUUUUUCAUUGUAUGACAGUGAAACUAAGACAUAUUUAUGGACAUACAAGUUUUCAAGAUUAAAAGGAUCAUCAGAUGAUGGCAAACAGACUUUAAAACUGCAUUUUUCUUCUGAUAAAGAGGGUCAAACCGAAACAAAAAAAGUGGAGUGUUCCAGCCUACAGUUGUUGUUGUAUUGUAUACAUUCAUUCCUGUCUGCCAAAUUAGCAUCCGUAGAUCCGUCCUUCCUUGCAAACAUGUGAUUCAGCCAAACAUAUUAUAGUCAAACAUUUAGUCAAACAUGCAAACAGUUAUAGAGAAGACCAAUGGACUAGAUUUACCGCAAAGCAAAUAUGUGAUUUAUAUGAAAUGAAUAGAUGUUUAUUAUGAAAAAUUUUGGUCCUUGGUUAUAAAACUUGAGUUUGCAGACCAGUCUUAAACUGCUGAAACUCAAGCAUCUGAUUGGCUGUUUAUGAGCUUAAAUUUGAAAUUAACCAAUGGCAGAGUUGCAUUCUUAGACUAUUGUCUGUGUCAGUUUUAUAAACUUGGAAGUUUUGUAAUGUUGCAUUUUAGGACAUGCUGGUUACAAUGUAUAUUUAUACAUUAAAGAAGGGAUAAGAAAUAUUAUUGCAUGCUGCAUUUACCCAUUUAUUAGAAGAUCCCGUUAUCAGAUAUAUUCCUUUAAUUACUUCUUUGCAGACAAUUUCUUUGUGAUAUGGGUAGAUAUCUGUAUAAAAUCACAGUAAUUUGACCCGCAAAAACUUUUAAAAAAUCGACAUUUCACUGUUGCAAAAAUGGCAGAAAAUGGAGAUAAAGAGGCUGAGUAAUUCUUUACAGUGACAUAUAAAACAUGUAAAAGGUAAUGUGUCAAGAUACUGCACUAUGUUUGAACUGAAUAAUUUAUCAAACAGUAUUCUCACAUUAACACACUGAGUGGUGCUAUACGGUUACACUGUCUGGUGUCGUACUGUUACACACUGUGUGGUGCUAUACGGUUACACUGUCUGGUGUCGUACUGUUACACACUGUGUGGUGCUAUACUGUUACACUGUCUGGUGUCGUACUGUUACACACUGUGUGGUGCUAUAUGGUUACACUGUCUGGUGUCGUACUGUUACACACUGUGUGAUGCUAUACGGUUACACUGUCUGGUGUCAUACUGUUACACACUGUGUGGUGCUAUAUGGUUACACUGUCUGGUGUCAUACUGUUACAUGAUGUUCAUUUUUAUGCCCCCGCCAUAAAAUAGGGGGUGGAAUAUAGUGUUACCCCUCUCCGUGUAUGUGCGUUUGUGUAUGUGUUCGGGAAAGGGUUGUGUUCGUGUCCGGGCCAUAACAAAACGCAUGGUCCAAUUUCAAAAUGAUUUCACACAUAUGAUAAGCAUGGAUAGACCAUGUGUAGUGAAGUAUUUUAACCUAUCUCUACCUGGAAAGGAUUUUUGUGUGGACUUGUGAUUUUAUUUUAAAAGAUUAACUUCCCUUAGUUGUUCCUAUAAAUGACUUAUGUCUGUGACCUAUCUCAUGUUGCGGGUGUAUCCAUGUCUGUGACAAAUUUCUAGUUCUGUUAAAUAUAGAAGGCUGAAAACUGUGUUAUUAAACAACAGUUUAUUUUUCUGACAUCACAAUUAUUACUUAAUUUUAUCAAACGGCAUAGAUGCAGACUGGAAAAGAAAACAAAAGAAAACAGGCGAAUACUUAAUGGAUGUUGUCAAGAAUGUACUUUAAAAUCCUUGGUAAUGUAUUAGAAUCGAGGUGAAAUCAUAAUUUGCCACUCAGGUGUCGUACUGUUUAUUAUAAAUGGACAUGAAGAU